AUGGCUGACACUGGAUUACGUAUGAAUUUUGCUGCCCUAAAGAGGGCAGAUCCAUACGCUAGAGAAAUAAUCGACAGUGCUACCCACGUUGCGCUUUAUACGUUCGAAGAGAACGAAUGGGAGAAAACUAACAUCGAAGGUGCUUUGUUUGUGUACAGUAGAAAUGGGGAACCGUACCAUAGUUUAGUGAUUAUGAACAGAUUGAGUACGAAUAACCUAAUUGAGCCAGUAUCGAAAGGCAUAGAACUUCAGCUGAAGGAACCUUUUCUUUUGUAUCGAAACGCCAAGUGUCGGAUUUAUGGCAUAUGGUUUUACGAUAAAGACGAGUGCGUUAGAGUUGCCACAAAGUUAAAUUCUCUGAUCAAAGAGUCGAUGAAACAAGCUCCCGGUGCCGGCGAGAAUAUGGCACAGAACCCAGUCUACAAUUCAUCAACGCCCUCAAGCGCACCCGUUGACAUAUUCAGCAUGUUGAGCAAAGCCCAGGAUGACUUCAAUUCUAACAAAGGGCUCGUUGCCAAUAAGAGUGAAUUGACACCGUCACGGGCACCUGACAUGGCGUCACAAAGUGUAAUGGAUUUCUUCGCAAAAGCUGGAAGCGGCGCGGCUGCUCAAAUGCCUGCUGUGUCGUCGUUGCCAUCUCCGGGCAUAUUUGGCCCACGUUCCACGGACGCUCGUGAGGUUCCGCAGCUACUACAGAGGCUCAUGAGUAAUCCUGCACAUACUGUGGAGCACAUAGAAAAGCAGCAACGCUCAGUGACCCCUCAGGAGGCCCAAAGCUCAAAUGGAAACAUGAACAUAGACUCAACAAUGAGGCCAACAUGUGGUUUCCAAUUGAAAUCAACUCCAAUUGACAAGCAAAGUCAGCAGAGAUUACCAGGAAUGAAGAAGAGUCAGUUGGAUUCUAGUGAUACUAAUGGUAUAACACUAGAAAGUGAAUUGAAUUUGAUGCAUAUAUCAUCACCGAAACCUACGUCUCCACUGGCUACCUAUUUGAAUCAGUCUCAAGACAUCAGCCACACGAAGCCAGCGCUGAUGCCUCCAACGAUGUUCACUGCUAGUAGUGGCGGCGAUAUCCAGCCUUCUCCUGAGCCUCUUACUAGGAACCAGCUGCUUCAAGCUUUUAAUUACUUAUUAAAACAUGACGCUGACUUUGUGAACAAAUUACAUGAGGCUUAUGUAAAAUCCUUUUCAGAAAAGGCAUUCUCUGUGUCAUAA